GGUGGCCCAUGGGUGGCGGGAAACUAAAAGAAGGAAGCGGGAAAUCUGUAGGUACCUACAUACUUCAGUGUAAUUAAUUAUUUUAUUUGCUAGGUAUCUAGGUAUUACUUUCGUAGGUAACUAUAAUUUGUUAACUUUAGUCUGAUCAUAACAGUUUGUCAGAUUCUAAAUCCACAGUUCUGGUCAUGAGUAGAUUCAACUUGCGUCGCAAGCCACGAAUCAGCUACUAUGAAAUCGAAGAGCCUAAUCUCGACGAAUACGUGUAUUGCGAUGAGUGCACGGACUUCGUGUAUGAAUACUGCGCCAUUCACGGGCCUCUACUCGUAGUGCCCGAUGACAAGGUCCCGUCGAGGGCGGGCGUCCCACCGUGGGUGCCCCGCGCCGCCCUCACUGUACCGCGGGUGUUUCUUCACAUCGCACCUUCUGUCAUACCAGGAGCUGGUCUAGGAGUGUUCAGUACACUGACUCUUCCACGAGGCGUACGCUUCGGCCCGUACCAGGGUAAACAUAUGGCCGCAGCAAAAUCCAUGUACUGCUGGCAGAUAAAAUCAGCGGAUCUGAAACACCGCACGGUGGUGGACGCGGCGGACGGCGAGACAUCAAAUUGGAUGCGUUAUGUCAAUUGUGCUAGGAACUGGAGCGAGCAGAACCUGGUCGCAUACCAGUACCGGGGCCAGAUCUACUACAGAACUAUAAAAAUAAUCCCUCGAUUCACGGAAUUGCUCGUGUUCUACGGGAGCGAGUUCGCUAACGCGCUGGGAAUCGAACUCCACUACUACAAUUCGCCUCCUCGAUAUGCACAAUAUGGUGCAAGCCCAGUGAAAAAACCAAAAGCAAAAACGGAAAAACUGACUCGCUCAUACGAACCGCUACCCGUUACAGACGAAAAUCGUAAUGUGAUACAGAAAACAGGAAUAGAAAAAGUUUCAAAUAAUGUUAUUGAAGAAAAAUCUAAAACCAUCAAACAGUUUACUUGCGACGAUUGUGGUACGACGUUACAUUACAAGUCUUUGUUCAUAACGCACAUAAAAACUCAUAAUGAAAAAAGUAAAAACGCUUAUUUUGAAUGUAAGUCAUGUGAUUAUAAAGGUGCCACUAAUAAUUCAUUACAAAGACAUAUGCAACUGCAUAAUAAAGACAGAGUACACGAAUGCAAUAUUUGUCAAUGGAGAUUUAAGUAUAAUCAGAAUUUGAAAACACAUUUAAGAUUACAUACCGGCGAGAAACCUUACGAGUGCAAUAUUUGUCAACGCAAAUUUAAUCAAAAUUGGUCUUUGAAAACACAUUUAAAAUUACAUACCGGCGAGAAACCUUACGAAUGCAAUAUUUGUCAACGCAAAUUUAAUCAAAAUUGGCUUUUAAAAAGACAUUUAAGAUUACAUACCGGCGAGAAACCUUACGAGUGCAAUAUUUGUCAACGCAGAUUUAAUCAAAAUAGUAAUUUAAAAAAUCAUUUAAGAAUACAUACUCGGUAGAGUUAAUAAUCAAUAUUGUAAUUGUUUCUAGCUGGAUAUUUAGUUAGCGUACAGUACAUACAUUAUCAUCAAAAAUAAUUGUGUAGUGUGUGGUUCCUCCCUAAAAUUUUACAACUAAAUUCUCGCGUGGAUGUUGUACGUACGGGGCAAACAAGAGACACAACCAUAGGGAACAAAUAUGUAAUAGAGCGCUAGUAUUGCUGUUCCGCCUUCGUGCGGAGCGAAAGCUGCUGUUCAAUAGAUCGUAUGUAUAGAUGUACCUGUCAAAUAGUGAUGUGCAAUCGCGGAACAUCGUGUCGUGUAGUUGACAAGGUCAGAAAAUAGUAAAAAAUAUGUAUAAUCUAGAUAAAAUAGAUAUAUAUUUUUAUUAAUGUUACAAAAGUUAACAAAAGUUCUACAAUAGAUAUAUUAAAAAUAAAACAAAGGGCAACAUAUAUUUAUUAACAUUAUGAUAAUUCAUAGACUGUAACAAUGCAGCAGCUGAAUCUAAACACGAAGAGUUAAAGUUGGUUGGAAAGUCCAUUUUCAAAAAGUAUGAAAUUAUAUAAAAAAUUUAUCCAUCAUAAAAAACUAAUAUUUUGUAAAAACUUUUAUUAAGAAGUCAUCACCAUAAACGUAAUAUUUAAUGUAGCUGUCGAACAAACAUAUCUUUCUUCGCGUACAUUUUCGCACGUUGUGACGUCACUUGUUCGUGUCAUUCAGUAUGGAGCUUUUGGACGAGUCCAAAAAUGUGUGAUUUUAUUUUUAUCAUAACUUUGAAAGCAUUGUCAUUGUCACACAGUAACACACAGUAAAACUUUCACAUAUGUUUCUAUUACAUAAGGGCCUUCGAAUAAUAUCAAAGCAAAAAUUUGAAAACUGUAGCCUCUUCGGAUAUAUGUCAUUUUCACUAAAUGACCUUGUGCGACUAACGGCGCUGCUCUGCUACUUUGAAGUUUUUCAUAUGCGUGCUUUCAUUUUAGGCGCGUAUUCUAUUGGUACAUACACUCAUUCCCCAUUCGAUCCCCGGUCGGGUCAUGAUGGAAAAUGAUCUUUUUCUGAUUGGCCCGGGUCUUGGAUGUUUUUCUACGUAUGUAUUUGUUAUAAAAUAUUCCGUAACACAAGUCUCGAACUUACUUUGGGGCUGGCUCAAUCUGUGUGACAUCCGCGGGAGGCUAUGGAGUGAUGUUCUUUUAGGGCUGGACCACACAAGUACAUUUAGGAGCUAUUUGAUGUAAUUAUAACUGUCAUAAGUCACAUUUAAAUUACUACCUGAUGCGCGCAGCUUCGCCCGCGGUAGCUAUUUUUGACCUCGGUUCAUUAACUAUUAAUAUUCCAAAUUUCAUCAAAAUCAAUCUAGCGGUUUAACUGUGACAGAAAGACGGACUUUUCUAUUUAUAAUAUAGUUAGUAUGGUUUUUUUUCAUCUUAGACUUUUCCUGUCUUUUUUAACAAUGCCGUCAUAUUUUUGUCAAGUCGCCUAAAGGUAUCAGACAUGACUGUUCUAUUUAUCUAUGUGAUCUAUAUAAGAAGUUGAAUACACACUUAGUGUACUAAAAUUGUCUACUGGUGAACCUACUAUAUUAUAAAUUACUAAGCAAUAUUUAUUACUUAUAAAUUUAUGUACAAAAAGAAACACCAGAACAAAAUUGCAAUCCAAUUUUAAAUUACAUUUAUUGUUAAAUUAUUUUGUAUUAACAUUUUGCUAUGUUAGCUGUAGUAGUAGAAAUAUGAAACAAAACAUAUUUACCGUACAAGUAUACAAUUUCAAUUGUGUGUAUGUGAUUUUCUUACUAAAUUGAUAUACUUGUUGAAGUUAUACAAUUAUAUUUUUAAACUUUUGUUUUUAACUUACAUUUUUUAAAUUUUUAAAGUUUAUUAGCUUAAAACUUAGGCUUAAAGUUGUUAAUUUUUAUGUUAUUUGAUGAAAUUGUUUAUUUUCAUAAUAUUUUUAUGAUAAACAUUAAUUAGUUUUUGCAUUCUUAAAAUUGUCUAAUAGGGUAUGUAUGUAGGUCUAGUUAUACUAUAGUUUUAAUUUUAGUCAGUCGUAUUUUCUUUCAAUAAAAUUGAUGUGAAUUCGAUUUAAACAUUUAUAGUGGUUUAUCGAUUUUUUUAAAUGUAUUUUUAACGAAUAUUUAAUUUGUCAAUGGGAAACGCCUUUUUUCUGUUAGUAUGUUUAAGGGUGAGUUGCACCGUCAAGUUUAAUGUUGAUUUUAACCGGCGCACCAAUGACGUUUGGACAAAAUGGCGUACAGUCGACUGCGUGUCAGUUAAGCUGCAUAGAUCCUUAUGCCGAGGUAAAAAGGUUGAAUUUGGAAUUAAUUUGUUGACUAUGGUUUGUGUUUUUCUACGCACAAUAAAGUUAACGGUGUAACCCACCUUAAGUAUAAAAUAAAAUGCUUUUUUGUUAUUUAUGUUUUCUUUUUCGACAAAUUAAACUUUUGGUUAUUAAAACUAAGCAUUUUUUUAUUUCAAACUGAAACUACCGAACCGAAUUCAAGAAUUCUUUCGCCAUUAGAAUAGUACAUUAUCCAAGAUUGCUAUAGGCUAUAUUUUAUCUCAAAAUUCCCACGGAGCGAAGCCCCGGGCAACAUCUAGUCUUCAUAUAUUUUGCUAUACACUAUAGGCGAACGCGAAUCGAAUACAUCAAAAAUUGAGGACACAAUUUUUCAUGUUAUAUUAUUUAUUAAUUAAUAUUAACUUAUUUCCACUAUUAUUUAUUGCUAACUUCAACCGAUGAUUGAUUUUAAUUUACCGCAUCUUCCUGAGUCUUUUUGAC